UUUGCAGAGAGCUUCGAAAGAGUGUAAAUGGAGAAUCUGACGACGGCGCAAUUUCUCCACAGCGCGACUCUACAGAAGAAACCAUCUCCUCCUCCGCUAUGGAAUUCGAACACAAGCUUUCUCAGUUUCUCAACAAGAAGAGCUUGUUCGAUAUCUAAAACCUCUACUCUCCGCCGCUCUUUGCCUUUGUCUAUCAAUGGCUACGCGACGACGCAGCCCACCUCUCUUCUCCACCACCACCACCAGCGGUUUAUCAGUUCAUUGCCGCGGCGGCUUGGUCUUCCCGGUUCGUGUCCUUUACAAUUGCUUCAAGAGGAUGGAGAUUGGAGCAAAGACCAUUUCUGGGCUGUAAUUCGUUUUCUCCGUCACUCUUCAAGACUCCACGAGAUUCUUCCUGUUUAUGAUGCGUGGAAGAAUCUUGAACCAUCGCGAAUAAGUGUGGUCAAUUACGAGAGGGUUAUAAGGUUUUUAUGUGAGGAAAGAUCGAUGAAUGAAGCAAUUCGAGCUUUUCGUAGUAUGAUUGAUGAUGAUGAGCUAAGUCCGUCUUUAGAAAUCUAUAAUUCAAUCAUCCAUGGUUAUGCUGAUGAUGGGAAGUUUGAGGAAGCUAUGUUCUACUUGAAUCAGAUGAAAGAGAAUGGUCUGUCACCGAUAUCCGAGACAUACGAUGGCUUGAUUGAAGCAUACGGUAAAUGGAAAAUGUAUGAUGAGAUUGUUUUGUGCGUUAGGAGAAUGGAAUCUGAUGGUUGUGUGCGUGACCAUGUUACUUAUAAUCUACUUAUACGCCAGUUUUCCCGUGGAGGGUUGCUUAAGAGAAUGGAGCAGAUGUAUCAGAGCUUGAUGUCGAGGAAGAUGACUCUCGAGCCUUGUACAUUGUUGUCCAUGCUUGAAGCUUAUGCGGAGUUUGGGGUUAUUGAAAAAAUGGAGGAAACGUGUAACAAGAUUAUAAGGUUUGGGAUUUCUUUAGAUGAUGGUUUAGUUAGGAAGUUAGCUAAGGUUUACAUCGAUAACCUCAUGUUCUCGAGGCUUGAUGAUCUGGGUCGUGGCAUUUCUUAUUCUAGAACCCGUAGGUCUGAUCUCGCUUGGUGUCUCAGGCUUCUGUGUCAUUCUCGUCUUGUGAGUCGAAAAGGUUUGGAUUAUGUUCUUAAAGAGAUGACAGAAGCUAAAGUUACUUGGAAUACAACUUUUGCCAAUAUCGUACUUUUAGCUUACUCAAAAAUGGGGGAUUUUAAGAGCAUCGAGCUGCUCCUUGAUGGGCUACGGACAAAACGUGUGAAGCUUGAUCUUGUAACUGUGGGAAUUGUCUUCGACUUGAGUGAAGCUGGUUUCGAUGGUACUGGAGUUUUUAUGACUUGGAAAAAGAUUGGGUUUCUUGAUAAGCCUGUGGAAAUGAAGACUGAUCCUUUGGUUCAUGCUGCUUUUGGGAAAGGGCAGUUUCUUAGGCGCUGUGAAGAAAUGAGAGGCGAAGAUCCAACACCAUGGACGUACCAGAAUCUUAUGGAACUUGUGGUUACGAAUCAGAAAACUGUAGUUUAGUAAUGUAAAUUUCGACCUAUACAAACACUAGACUGUAUGUAGAGACUAACAGUUGUGUAAGCUUCUCUUAAGUCUUCUUCUCUUGUACACGAUUGUCUCUGCUUGUAUUUGUCUUGUUUCUCUGUCUUGUAUAGACCCUUACACGGUGUUGUGUUAGUUACAUUUACACCA